AUGAUCGCUAUUGAUGAUGAUAAUGACGUUGAUGUUGUGAUUGUUGUUAAUGAUGAUAAUAACGCUGCGAUUGGUGAUGAUGAUGAUGAUUUCAUUGGUAAUGAUGACAAUGUUGUGAUUGCUGAUGAUGAUGACGUUGCGAUUGGUGGUAAUAAUGAUGCUGAUGAUGAUAAUGUGAUUGGUGAUGAUCUUGAUGUCGUGAUUGGUGAUGAUGGUAACGAUGCUGUGGCUGUUGUUGAUGAUGAUGAUAUGAUUGGUAAUGACGAUGAUAAAGUUGUGAUAAUUGAUGCUGCUGCUGAUGAGUUUGCGAUUGGUGAUAAUGAUGACGAUUCCCUGAUUGAUGACGCCGAUGAAGAUGUCGGCACUGGCGAUUGUGACAAAGAUCUUGUCAUACAGGAGGAUGACAAUGAUGGUGACGACGUUAGCAGUGAUGAUGCUGUUGUCCUGUGUGACAACAGCCGCAGUGAAGAUGGUGUGAUUUUUUCCGAUAAUGGAGACAACGUUGUCAUCGUUGUUGUUGGCGAUGGUGAUGUUGGCAAUAGCAGAGAUGAUGCCUCUACCUCGGAUGAUGUGAGCGUGAACGUUGCUGAAGUAAAACUCGCAGGUGUUACCUCGUUUUGUAAACUACUAAGAAUUUGA